AUUCUUGACGCAAUUAGAACAAAGUAGUAUCAUUAUAUCGUGAUAUUGUGAUCUAUAAUAUAAUUGCAAUAAAAAUGAAAAAAACAGUUCCUUUCUGUUUAACUUUGUGCCUUUUUCUUGCAAAAGUAGUGCAUGCCGAAGUAUGCAUGGAGUGCAAUGACUGCGAUACAUUCGAAGGCAAGAUUGUUAGCAUAUGUAAUGGAGAAUUAUGCUACGCUAAACUAGAAAAAGGUAAAGUUAAUCGAGGGUGCGCAACGAAGGAUAUCUGCGAUGGCAAUACUCUUUGCAAAACUUGUGUCGGUGCUACAUGCAAUAAUAAGGAUUUCGAGCGCCCGUCAUGUGCAACGGAUGACGGAGGAGAAAAAAAAUGUGAAGGAUUGUGUUACAUCUAUGUUAACGGCACUGAAACAAAAAAAGGUUGUUUGGUCGAUUUACCUGAAGCUGAUUCGAUUAGAAAAGAAUGCGAAAAUGCAACAUCUGGGUCUUGUCUAAAGUGCAAUAGUAACCUAUGUAAUAAAAAUGAUCCCCUGAAAUGUGUAAAAUGCAACGAAAAUGAUGACACCUGCACAAGCAACACUGCUGCGGAAUUGGCAGCUAAAGUGGCAGUCUGCAAGAUAAACGAAGAUCGAUGCUACGUCAGUCACGACAUUAACAAUAGGAAUGCUCGUGGUUGUACGGUUAAAGAAAGUUGUGACUCGACUAACCGAGAAAAAAUGUGUUGCGAGAAAUCGGGUUGUAACGUUCAAAAACUUCCAGAACUAAGAAACGAAUGUUUCAAAGAUGCAGGAAAGACGAAGACCAAAGUUUGUAUGAAUCCAAAGGACGACUGCUAUUCAAAAAUUGAAAAAGGUGUCAUUACUCGAGGAUGCAAAUCAGAUCAGGGUAACGAUUGUAAUGCAAACUCUGAUUCAUGUAAAAUAUGCCACGGGAAUAAAUGCAAUAAACAAAUCACUUGCAAAACAUGCAACGAACUUAUAGCCAAGAAUUGUACGUCCGCAAUGUGUGAUAAUGACAAAUGCAUCUCACAAAUUAAAGGUGGUAAGAUGGAACACCGGUGUGCCGCUAAAGAAGAAAAGUGUGCGGGCGAAGACGAAUGUGCAACGUGCGACACUGCGGAUUGCAAUUCGAAUUUUGCACCUACAACUUGGCUGAAAUGUCACAAAUGUGAAGGAUCCCAAUGUCUCAGUCAGAGAAACCCGGAUCAAGCAACGUAUUGUGAAAAAUAUACUAAAGACGAUAAAUGCUACACCCAAGUCAGCCAUAAUACAGUUAGUCGCGGCUGCCUCUCGGAUUUGGCAAACCCCCAACACUGCAAUCUGAACCGCACUUUCAGCGAUUUGCGAGAGGCGGCUUUUGCAAUGGAUGGCUCCGAGGUCUGCGUGACGUGCGUGGGUAAUGCCUGCAACUCGGCCGCCUUGAAGCUGCAGCCGCUGCUUUGCUACCAGUGCGACGCAAAAGUGCCAGGAUGCGGCCCCGAGUUGAACUCGACUUUGCAAGCGGAAAAAUGCGUAAAUCCAAUGCCGGACGGAUCCAACGACCGUUGCUACUCCCAUAAAACUGAAAUCAAACGCGGAUGUCUGUCAGAUGUCGCAAAAGACGAGAAAUGUAUGAAAGGCGACACAUGUCACGUUUGCGAUAAAAAUGGAUGCAACAAUCAACGCUCGGGACAAGAAACUAGAAAACCAUUUAUUGCUUUAUACUUAGUUCCAGUUCUAGUAACAAUGUUCUUAUUUAAAUAGAUAUUUUUUUCAUUUAUCUUUCUAAAAAUUGAUAACAAACAUUGCCGUGCUUUUUCUAAAAUUUAUUUUACGUAUUACGUAUCUAGCACAAAUAAUUAUCAUAAUUUUUACAAUUUUGAUAACGAUUACAGAUAUCUACACUUUGUCGGAAGGUUCGCAUUCAAUAGUUUUAAAAAUUAAACGAUAUGCUUAAUUAGUUCAGAACCUAAAAAAUAUCAUAAACAACUUUAAUAUAAAUUAAUGUAAUCACAUCAUUAUGCUUUAUAGUAAAUAUUUUAAAUGUUAUAAAUUAUAUAUUUUGAAAACAUAGUUAUUCUAUGCAAAUUACGCAAAUAUGAACAAAUUUUUAUCAACAUAAUAUUAUUUAUGAUAUAAUAGUAAUGUCCGAAUUUAAAAUAUACGUUCUCGUAUGAAAAUAUUAUACAAAUCAAACAAUGCCUAUUCGAAGCGAAAUAUCUAAUUAAGAAAUUUAUUUAAAUUAUAAAACUGCCAAAAAUCAUAACUAAUACAGUAAAAAUGUAUGUAUGCAGAUAUAAACCGUAUAUAUAUAUAUAUAUAUAUAUAUAUAUAUAUAUAUAUCUUGGAUUACAAUAUUGACAUACCUAGAAUUAGGAGGAGUCUCAUU